CAGUAUGACAUGCAGAUGAGUGCCGUCGAUCUUAGAAUCACCGCACACUUCACUCAUUUGGCCAGUCACGGGGCCAAAACCAGUGUUUGGAGCCACAGUGUGGCGGUGGAGGCAGCAGCAAUGGGAGGCCAUACAGCAACCUAUGACAAAAUGGAAACCAGCAGGAGUGUGAGGAGACCUGAAAGUGGCACAUGGCAGAGUGUGGCGAUGGAGACAGCAGCAAUGGGAGGCCGUACAGGGACCCAUGAGAGACUCUGGACCUGGCAGCAGCAUGAGGAGGCGGUAUAUAGGGGCCUAUGGCAGAUUAGGGGCCUGGCAGCAGCUAUAGGAGGCCCGUAAUCUGCCAGCACCCUAUGACAAAAAAUGGAACACACCAGCAGUGUGUGAGGAGACCUGAAAGUGGCACAU